AUGCUCGAAAUUGGAAUAUCUUUGACAUUAGGCUGCUUAGGCGUCAUAAUUUUCCUUCUGUACUAUAAUUUUACUUCAGCCUAUGAUAUCUGGAAACAGAAAAAAAUUCCUGGACCAAAACCUAGUUUCCCAGUUGGAACAAUGAAAGAAGUUAUUCUAUGGAAGGAAGUUCAGGGUGAUUAUUUAAAGAAACUUUACGACAGCUAUAAAAAUGAAAAAAUGGUGGGAAUAUUCAGAUGGGACAGACCAAUAUUGAUCUUGAAUGAUCUUGAUUUAAUUCAAGACAUCUUGAGGAAGGACUUCUGUAAAUUUCCAACUCGUGGCAGAGCAAUUGUAGAGACAGCUGAACCUCUCUCGACAAAUAUUUUCAGGCUAGAUUUUAAAAGGUGGCAGCCAGUUAGAUAUAAAUUAUCCCCAAGUUUUACACCUGGAAAAUUGAAAAAUAUGUUUCAUCAUUUUGUGGAAUCUGGGCAACAGAUAGAGGGCUACAUUGACAAAUUGUCAUUUGAAAAUAAAUCCGUUAAUUGCAGAGAAAUUGUAUUAGCAUACAGCACCACUGUCAUGGGCUCUUCUAUUUUUGGAUUGAAUUUUAAAGGUUUCGAUGGCCAGGGUGGAGUCACUGAAGAGCUUUUAGCUGCACAAUUAUUCGUAAUGUUUAUAGCGGGUAUUGAGACACCUGUAGGUGUAAUCAUUAACGCUUUGUAUGAGCUGGCCCUGAAUCAGGAUAUUCAAAAUAAACUUCGUGAAGAAAUUAAAAGUGAAUGUGAGAAAAAUGAAGGGCUUUUGACUUAUGAAACUAUCAGGAAUACGAAAUACUUGGAUAAAGUUAUCAAAGAGGCUCUCAGAAAAUAUCCACCUCUCAUGCAUCUGAUGAGAGAGUCAGCUGAAGAGUACACUUUCAGUGGCACCAAUGUAACUAUACCAAAAGGUCAAUUGCUUUGGAUACCAAUUUUUGCUAUUCAAAGAGAUCCAAAUAUUUACCCAAAUCCAGAUGUUUUUGACCCGGAAAAAUUUAACAAUGACGUCUCUUCAUUGAGACAUCCAAUGUCGUUUUUAUCUUACGGCGAUGGCCCAAGGAAUUGUAUUGUCUUAGAAAUCAUGCAGAUCGAAUUAUUUAAAAUAAUAGGGGGACUAGGUGUGAUAAUUUUCCUUCUUUAUUAUUAUCUUAUCGCAUCUUUUGACUUUUGGAAAUUUCGAAAAGUUUCUGGACCAAAACCCAUUUUUCUCUAUGGAACAAUGAAAGAUGUUAUUCUACAAAAACAAUCAGAAGGUGAUUAUGUGAAAAAAAUUUACGACACAUACAAGAACAAAAAAUUAGUUGGAAUAUUUCGAUGGAGAACACCAAUCUUGAUCCUAAGAGAUCUUGACCUAAUUAAAGACAUCCUGAUAAAGGAUUUUUCUAAAUUUCCAAACCGAGCUCAAAGUGUUGUCAAAAAUGUAGAACCUCUUACGCAACAUUUAUCCCGACUUGAAUUCAAAAUUUGGCGACCACUUAGGAAUAGAUUAUCACCAGUUUUUUCUUCCGGGAAACUGAAAAAAAUGUUUCAUUUUGUAACUGAAUGUGGCGAAGAGUUGGAAGCUUAUAUCAAUAAAUUGAUCACCAAAAAUAAUAUAAUUGAGUGCUCAGAAUUAGCCGCAAAAUUUACGACUGAUGUGAUUGGCACUUGUGCCUUUGGAUUACAAAUGAAUGCCAUUUCUGACGAAAAUAGCAUUUUUCGCAAUAUCGGGAAAAAGAUAAUGACGAGAGAUUAUCUUUGGAGGAUACUAACAACAGAAAUGAGGGAAAACUUUCCUUGGAUUUACGAAAAAGUUUUGUAUCCCUUCUACACUUUUGAAAAGGACAUUUUUUUUCUCAAGUUGAUAAAGGACACUUUUGAUCACAGAGACAAAAAUAAUAUUUUUAGGAAUGACUUUAUUGAUUGUCUUCGAGAAUUAAGGGACAAUUCUUCGAAAAUGGAGAACAUUGAAAUAUCUGACGAGCUUUUGGCUGCUCAAGCCUACAUAUUCUUUGCCGGAGGGUUUCACACAUCUUCAACUACAAUUUGCAAUUCUUUGUAUGAAUUGGCCAAAAAUCAGGAUAUUCAAAAUAAACUUCGUGAGGAAGUAAAAGAAAAAUGUGAAAAUAAUAAAGAGGGUUUGACGUAUGAAAUUGUCAAAGAGAUGAAGUACUUGGAUAACGUUGUCAAAGAGACACUCAGGAAAUAUCCCCCAGUCAUGUACCUUAUGAGAAAGUCGAAUGAAAAUUAUUCUUUAAAUGGAACCGAUAUAACAAUACCAAAGAAUCAAAUAAUCUGGAUUCCUAUUUUUGGUAUUCAAAGAGACCCAGAUUUGUUCCCUAAUCCAGAUAGAUUUGAUCCGGAAAGAUUCAACGAGGAUGUCUCUAAAAUAAGACAUCCAAUGGCUUAUUUACCUUUUGGAGACGGUCCCAGAAACUGCAUUGGAUUUCGCUUUGCAUUUUUCCAAGUGAGAGUUGGACUCAUCAAUAUUAUAAAAAAAUAUAAAGUGGAUGUUUGCAAAAGGACUGUCCUCCCAUCGUAUACAAGUAAACCUACAACUUUUCUGUAUACACCGGCGGAAGAUAUCUACUUGCAAUUUAAUAAGUUGGAAAAUUAAAUUUUUCUGAAUAGUGGAAAUACGAUUUGCAAAUGAAAAAUCAUUUCUGUAA